AUGUCAUCUUGGAUAUCAGGCAUCCCUCCGCGAGGGGAAUUUUUCCCGCCCACACCCCGAGUUUCGAACUUUUUGAUGAAUUUCUAUAGACUCUGGCCGAUCGGCUUUUGCUUAAGGCACUAUGGGCUUGGGACGGAAAACACGUUGAAGAGGCGAGCUAUUGCUGAUCAGGCCUACUCACAGUUGUCAAUCUUACAAUGGACGCCUUUGAGCAGUUUCCAAGCGAUGGGCAAGACGUCGUCAAACUCGCGCUUCAACAUACAUGGUCGACUUGCAUGGACAAUCGCUGAAAGCGCUGGGCCGCUCAAUCUUCUCUACAUUCUCUACACACUUCCAGGCAAACUGAAGCCUACCCCAGAUGCAUCAACCAGUUUUAUGGGCACAGGACUUCCGGCACAGUAUGAAAUCCUAGCGUGCUUGUACCUCGUCCACUAUGUGAAUCGAGCAUUCUAUACCCCAUUGUUCGUUGCGGCAAGCAUGUCGCCCAUUCAUCCUAUAAUCGUCAUCAUCAUGGGCCUUCACCAGUACGUCAACUCGAGCAACAUUGCCUGUGGUCUAGUAUAUUCUGCUCUGAGGGAUGAAGUACAGGGGUAUGAUCGCCAACUGUUUUCUUAUGGCUCUGUUCUCGGCACCAUUAUUGGACUCGCAUUCUUCUCGGAGGGAUUAUGGAGGAAUAUGAGCGCCGAGGCAAUACUGCACAACAUGCGGCGAGAUGCAGCAAAACGCAAAGCAAGAUCAGAAGGCAAGAUUGAGGUCAGCUACGACAAGGUGUAUGUGAUCCCGCCGCCACAGGGAUACUUUAGAAACAUCCUUUGUCCACACUACGUCUGGGAGUGGAUUGAGUGGACAGGAUACUACAUCCUCGGAGGAACUUGGGGACUCGGCUGGGGAUGGCAAAGUCCAGCCUUGUGGUUCGUUGUUGUCGAGGUGGCCACAAUGCUUCCACGAGCAGUGACCCAGCGCAAUUGGUACAUGGAGAAGUUUGGGAAAAGGGCUGUUGCUGGAAGAGCUGCCGCCAUCCCUGGGGUGUUGUAG